AUGCCCAAACGCACACUCCCCAAAGGUGCAUCCUGUUCGUCUGACGCCGGUGUCUGUUCUUGGAAGGCUGUCCCAUAUGCUGAACCAAUGAAUAAACGAUUUGCUCCUUCCAAACCAUUAAAGUCGUUGGAUGUGUUGGAAUCACCAAGAUACGCAUCCCAACAACGACUAAAUGAUGGGUACGGCCCCAUGUGCUUCCAAUGGUUUCCCGGGCUCUCCGAAAAGUACGACGUUAGUGAAGACUGUCUUACUUUGAACAUAUGGACACCCUACUGUGAAGCAACGCCUGAGAAUGAAGAUCUGAAGCCUGUAAUUCUUUGGAUUCACGGUGGAUCCUUUUUGGAAGGUGGGGGUGCCACUCAUUGGUCAGCCUACGGGCUGCCAGGAAGUGAUACCAUCAAACUCUAUGAUGGAACUAAUUUGGUUAGAGCUGCUUCCAAUAUGACGUCCAUGAAGGAGAUUCUAGUAGUAUCUGCCCAGUAUCGAUUGGGACCCUUUGGAUUCCUAGCGCAACCACCAGGGGGAAACACAACGACGGGUGGUGCCAAUGGAUUUGGAGACAUCGUUACAGCUUUGCAAUGGAUGAAAAAACACAUUAGUGACUUUGGGGGAAAUCCAAAUAAAAUUACGCUAAUGGGUGAGGGGUCUGGGUCGGUCACAGCAUGUGCUCUGUUGCAUUCCCCAGUGACCAAAGGACUCUUUCAUAGAGUGAUCUUACAGAGUGGAAAUUGUUAUCCAUCCAUCGACUACUUGCUGCCCCCGCAAGAUGCUUGGAAUGUCCGAGAAAGGUUCCUUGAAAUGAUAUGUCCCGCCGAUCCCGACAUUGCAAAGGAUCAUGACUGUGAGAAGUAUGCUGAUGCGCAAGACUUUCUUUUGCAUGCACCGGCGGACGAAAUUUUGAAUCGAACAUUGAAUGGCUAUCACCAAGGUUCUGUUGCCACUGGUUGGAUACCCAUGUACAUGGAUGGACUUGGAUCACCCAGUGUGGAUGGAUACAUACUUCCCAAACUACCAAUUCAUUUAACACCACAUCCAGGUGUGGAGGUCAUGGUAGGAGUGACAUCCAAUGACAAAGUACCAGCAGGAUUGAAACGUCCUAGUCGUUUAGCCGAACAUGCUUACGCUACGUUACAGAUUGAAAACCUGAGAAAAGCAUAUCAUGACUUUGAAGACGAGGAUGAUGCGGAUCUCUUUUUGGACGCUUGCAUUCGCUGUCAGUCGCAACAAGUGCUCAAGCGAGUAGCGGAGACUGGUAGCUCUGCAUUUUGGUACAAGUUCGAUUGUCCGAAAGAUGCAGCGCCUCAUGGUUCGACAAGUAUGGCAGUGCUGGGGAACAUCGACCCAGUUGCUUUUGAAUCCGAUGUGGUGAAAUACCUUGUUGGUCCUCCUCCCUCCGAAGAACUCAUUCAUCGGAUGCAAAAAGCCUGGAUAUCUUUUGCCACCACCGGGAAUCCAGGGUGGGAGGAAGCUUCCAACAAAGGCAUGGGUGCAUUGAUCUUUUGCCAAGAGACAACAAUUGAACCACUAAUUGACAAGUUUGGACGAUGCGACAACUGGACCGAAUGGGCCGACACCCAUGGUCCUCAGUCAACUGGCAGCAUUUGUAUGAGGGAAUCCUCCAUGCUAUCAUCGCAACAAACAGAAGCAUCCAAAUCAACCACUGGACUUCGCGUAUUAUCGCGACAGACAAUGCCGAUUCUUCCAACCAGUAUCGUCUUGAUUUUGUUUCUGGUGUGCAGAUACAUCGUAAUACGACGACGGCUAGGUUAUGCCACAUUGCCAUAA